CAGGGAUCAAAGGCUCAGUCAGAUCUUGAGAUAUACUGAUUUUAUAGUUGUUGAUGUGCUGUUGACUUGUUGUUCACUGAUUAUGUAUUGAAUACUGUUGCUGAGGUAUCUUUUUGUAUUUUUCUGCCGGGGAUGGGCCAGAUUGGGAAGGGCGGUACGAGGGUGAGACUUGGCGAUGGUGUUUUGGAACAUCAAAGAUGGACAGGGUUUUCGCGGAGGUCGCUCCUCAGAUAUCUCCACAACUACAGGUCGGGGAUCUUCCAAAAUCGAGAAGAUUGGUGCAUAUGGCUAGGUCACUUCACCUUACAAUUUGUAUGGCACUCUGGCCCAGGGUUGUGGUGUGGUAGGGGAGAACGGGGGAUAAUCCCACACAGGAGCUUUGAACAACGUCCGGUUCACGUUUGGCUGGAUAACUCCACCACCACACGGGGUAUGCGGUCGGCGAUGGGGUCAAAAUGCUCGUAUGAUCGAGGGCUUUUCGAUGGAUCUAUCGGCGGGUUCUAA